AUGCCUCCUAAGUUUGACCCCAAUGAGGUGAAGAUCAUCUACCUGCGAGCCAUGGGUGGUGAGGUCGGAGCUUCCUCCGCUCUUGCUCCCAAGAUUGGUCCUCUCGGUCUGUCCCCCAAGAAGAUUGGUGAGGAUAUCGCCAAGGCCACCAAGGCCCACAAGGGUGUCCGAGUCACUGUCCAGCUGACCAUCCAGAACCGACAGGCCACCGUCUCCGUCGUCCCCUCUGCCUCUUCUCUGGUCAUUGCUGCUCUCAAGGAGCCCCCGCGUGACCGAAAGAAGGACAAGAACGUCAAGCACAACGGUAACAUCCCCCUGGAGGAGAUCAUUGAGAUUGCCCGAACCAUGCGAUCCAAGUCUUUCUCCAAGGAGCUGUCCGGAACCGUCAAGGAGAUUCUUGGUACUGCCCAGUCUGUUGGCGCCCGUGUCAACGGUAAGCCCGCUCACGUCAUGAUUGAUGCUAUCAACAACGGCGAGCAGGACAUCCCCGAUAACUAA